AUGGCAAAACCUAUACCAAAAAUGGGUUCGCGUAAAAAUGGACGUAUUGGUUCACGUAAGCAUGCUCAUAAAAUACCAAAGGGAGUUAUUCAUGUUCAAGCUAGUUUUAACAAUACUAUUGUGACUGUUACAGAUGUACGUGGUCGGGUUAUUUCUUGGUCCUCCGCCGGUACUUGUGGAUUCAAGGGUACACGAAGGGGUACACCAUUUGUCGCUCAAACCGCAACAGGAAAUGCUAUUCGAACAGUAGCGGAUCAAGGCAUGCAACGAGCAGAAGUCAUGAUAAAAGGCCCCGGUCUCGGAAGAGAUGCGGCAUUAAGAGCUAUUCGUAGAAGUGGUAUACUAUUAAAUUUUAUACGGGAUGUAACCCCUAUGCCACAUAAUGGAUGUAGGUCUCCAAAAAAAAAGACGUGCCAAGCCGAUACAAUAGGCAUUGCAGUGCGAAGAGUUUUGCUAGGAGAAAUAGAGGGAACAUCUAUUACACGUGCAAAAUCGGAGAAAAUACCACAUGAAUAUUCUACCAUAGUAGGUAUUCAAGAAUCAGUACAUGAAAUUUUAAUGAAUUUGAAAGAAAUUGUAUUGAGAAGUAAUCUGUAUGGAACUCAAGACGCAUCUAUUUGUUUCAAAGGUCCUGGAUAUAUAACUGCUCAAGAUUUUUACCAAUGUUCAUCGUUGCAGAAAAAUUCUUAUCCACGGCGUUAA